GCUUUGGAUUCAUUAUAGCUUUGAUGGUACGAUCCAUUCAAAGGAAACGGGCUCAAAUAUUGACAAACAAUUUUGAGUGCAAUGAUACUGAAACAGUGGUAAAGGGUCUCUGUGGAAAUAGAGGUUGUCUGGCUACAUUCUUCCUGGAUAUUGGUGAGUGAAAUACCAAGAUGUAUAUUGAAGGCUACAUUGUCCCAGUCCUAUUUUCAAUCAUUUUUGUAGCCGGUGUGGUGGGCAAUGGCACUCUGAUAUACACGGUACUCAGGAAUAAAAAGAUGAGAAAUGUCCCCAAUGUUCACAUCGUCUCUCUGGCAGCCGGAGAUUUACUGCUCAUCCUGAUAUCUGUCCCGCUUGCCGCGGCAGUUUUCGCUCUUGACCACUGGAUAUUUGGAACAGCACUGUGCAAAUUCUAUUACUUCAUGCAGACUUUGUCGGUGGGCGUCUCAGUUUUCACGUUGACCGCUCUUAGUGGGGACCGUUUUCGUGUAAUCGUUAUGCCGAUGAGCCGCCAUACUGGAAACCCGAAUCUUUGUACCUACCUGACAGCUGGUCUUAUUUGGAUUGCAUCCUCUCUUCUGGCAAUACCGGAUCUUGUAUCUUCUGGAACAUCGCUGAUUCCCAAUACAACUGAGCCUAUGUACUACUGUGACAGGUUUAACACUGACUGGGGCCCGACGUAUCUUAAGGCUUACUUUGCGAUCACUUUUUGUAUAUACUUCGCUUUGCCUGUUCUCAUCAUCGCAUUUUUUUACGUAAUGAUGGCUCGUAUGCUCCUUAAAAGUAGUCAUCUUAUCCCUGGAGAUAAUUCACAGCAAAGGCAGAUCGAAGCCAGAAAAAAGGUAGCAAAAGUGGUUCUUGCCUUCGUAGUCAUAUUUGUGAUCUGUUGGUUUCCGCGUCAUAUAUAUCUAUUGUGGUACUACUUCGACCCAAAUGAUUUUAACGAGUUUUGGUUAGCCUUCAAAACCAUUGGCUUCUGUUUAUGUUUCAUCAACUCAUGUGUCAACCCACUUGCUUUGUACUUUCUUAGUAGACAGUUCAGGAAACAUUAUAAUGAAUAUCUUUUCUGUUGCUGCGCGAAAUCCCGUUAUGCUGCAGUCGAUCAGUCUGCCUCCAUGUACAAUUUUAACAGCACAGUCAGUCGUACGAGCACAAAUAUGACAAUGGUGCAUUCUCAGUCAAUGUGUUAAAUGAAUCUAUAUUUAACACACUGCACCGAUUUUGGAUUGCAACGCCCUCAUGGUCUUUAUCUGGGUGUUACGCAGCGGUAUCAAGAAAAGCUUCUGUGAAAACAAUUCACUUCAUUGUGCCGUAUUUCACCACAGGUGGUGUAGACAACAUUUCAUUUCAUUGUGCCGUAUUUCACCACAGGUGGUGUACACAAUAUUUACGGCUCCAGGACGACAUCGCCUUUUUGUGGUAGCAUUUGCCCGACCUUUAAGACUAGAAUAUGUGAAUGUUACAUGUGGUGCUGGUAUUUUACUAUUAUAUUAAUCUGGAUACAUAACGUGUGUUCGCUCGCUCCAAUUCGGUGUGUAUAGUUGACUUCGGAUCAUGACUUACUAAUGCACAGAGCAACAUAGCUAUCGAAUAAGGGAGCAAUGUUUCAACACGUUUACAGCAUUGGCACUUUGAGAAUUAUUCAUGAUUUCUUCUGGAAAAUUGAAAUUAAUGAGAUUUAACACAUUUAAAUGGCUUGCACAGCAAACUCGAGGAAGUGACCAUUUCCAGCUGUGUUAUGUUUGCUGCAUUUCAACAAGGAACUUAGACAUGUUGAUACGUUUCUUAUAUUACAUGUAACGCUGUUAAUUUUAUGUUUAGCUCGUGUUGAGAUGAUAUAUUUAUUAUGUGAAUAAAUGAAUCACAUUACAC